AUGACAAGUGUUAAUAAUAAUAUGACAAGUAGAAGAAAUUUAGUUUUGAGAGAAAUCAAAAGACAGAUUUUGUGGGCUUGGACCGAUCCUAAAAGCUAUAGAAUGAGUGUCGGUGCUAUUCAUGCUCUUCGUACUGCUUUUGAAUGCUACAUGAAUAUUAUAAUGACCGAUUGUGCUAUAAUGGCUGCUCAUGGAAAAAGAAAAACUAUUACUGAUAGAGAUAUUGCUUUUCAUCAGUACAUCAAACCAUUUUAUUUGCCACGUUAUUAA